CCCAAACCUACUUCGUUGCUGAUCUUCGAGUCGCCACAUAGUGGCAGGCUGCCUCUAGUAACAGGUAGAGGUUAUUCUGAAGAUUGAUAGUCGGAGAAGCAACACUCCAAAUACUGGCUAACUACCUGGUAGUAGGUCAAGCGGUUCAAUGUUUUGACUAGUCUAGGGUACUGGUACCAUACCAGCACUUGCUGGGACCAAGGAUGUCGCGCGAUAUCUUUUCCAAGAUCUUGUUUCUGUUUUCUGUUCUCAUUUGUCUCCGGGACGAUGGUUGGUUUGUAGAGCUGUGCUCAACUAGCUAUCUAGUCUAACUGUUCCCUCACAAAUCCAUUGCCGGUGUUCAAGUUGUGUAGAGAGCAAAACCCGAAACCGAAAAGAGAUUCGACAAUGCUUUCCAUCAAGGGACGCAACCAUGAUAUGUUGACGGCAGCUCUGGAAGGCACGGCCGUCUUGCUAGCUGGAAUCACUUCCGGGACAGCAUUUUACAUCACGGCUGUUGAAAACCCGGCCCGCAACAAUGACGAAAACCCAGACGCUUUCAAGCUCCGCAUGUGGCACCAGCUCUUUCCGAGAGCGGCUGGAUUUCUGAAACCCUUUGGCAUGGUUGUCAAUGCCGCCAUUGGCGGUUGCAUCUACCAGACGGGCAACAAAGCCUGGUGGAUUCCGUUUGGCUUGUUUGCCGCCAUGGGACCCUUCACGGUCUUUGCCAUUACGCCAACCAACGACAAGAUUCUCGCUCUAAAGGAAGGAAAUGCCAAGGACGAAAAGGAGGCUGGCAAGUUGGUGGAAGAUUGGGCGACCUUGCACAAUGUUCGUACCGCGAUUUCCACCUUUGGUUUCAUUGGUGCGAUCGUUGCCGCGAUGACUGAGUACCAGUAGGCUUACUAUGGCUGGAAACGAAUGGUUAAAAGAGAUGUGUGUGGGGUUGGAAGAUUCCCCUUGUUCCGGUCAGGUGACCUGACGCCGAUCUUAACCAAGGGGUCUUUAUCAAUACAGUUAUAGAUCUAAACGUCUUUUGACUUCUUUCUUCUGGUACUUCGCAAAUACCACUGUUGGUUUGCGGUGUGUUCCCUUUCAGGUCCAUGG